GGAAAGUUCUUUAUGAUUGCAUUGAUUUGCAGUUUCAUCUGGUACCUGGUCCCAGGGAACCUUUUCUCAACACUCACAAGCAUAUCAUGGGUGUGCUGGGUAUUCCCCAACUCUGUCACAGCCCAACAGCUAGGUUCAGGCAUAAGAGACCUCGGACUUGGAGCCUUCACACUUUCAUGGUCUGUGGUGGCAUCUUACUUACCUAGCCCCCUUGUCAGCCCUUUCUUUUCCAUCGCCAACGUUUUUGCAGGCUAUGUAUUGGUCAUCUACAUUGCCAUCCCUAUACUAUACUGGGUAUUUGACAUGUACAAUGCAAGUAGAUUUCCUAUUUUCUUGUCACAUUUGUUCACAGCCCAAGGCCAAAUAUACAAUAUAUCAGAUAUUGUCAAUAACAAGUUUGAGCUAGAUUUAGGUAAGUAUGAGGAGCAAGGGCGGAUUCAUUUGAGCAUGUUUUUUGCUCUCACUUAUGGCUUUGGAUUUUCUGCAGUCGCAUCCACCCUCACACAUGUGGCUUUUUUCAAUGGCAGGUGUGUGUUUAUGUUAGAAAGGUCUCAUUUCAUGCACAACCAUGAGGAUAUCCAUACCAAAUUGAUGAGGAGAUAUGAGGCCAUACCUUCCAAGUGGUUCUACAUAUUGCUUGGUGCGACACUCGCAGUUUCCUUAGCACUCUGCAUAUUUUUAAAUGAUCAGGUUCAAAUGCCAUGGUGGGGACUUCUCUUUGCCGCAGCAAUUGCCUUUAUUUUCACUCUUCCAAUCAGCAUCAUAACUGCCACAACAAACCAGACACCAGGGCUAAACAUUAUCACAGAGUAUGCAAUGGGUCUAAUAUACACAGGAAGACCAAUAGCCAAUGUUUGCUUUAAAACCUAUGGAUAUAUGAGCAUGGCUCAGGCUGUCUCCUUUCUCAGUGACUUCAAGCUAGGACACUACAUGAAGAUUCCUCCAAGAUCAAUGUUCUUGGUUCAGUUCAUUGGAACAAUCUGGGCUGGAACCAUCAACCUUGCAGUGGCAUGGUGGUUGCUGUACUCAGUUGAGAACAUAUGCCGGGAUGAUCUCCUUCCCUCUGACAGCCCCUGGACAUGCCCUUCGGAUCGAGUCUUCUCUGACGCAUCCGUUAUAUGGGGUCUGGUUGGACCAAAACGGAUCUUUGGGACUCUUGGAAAUUAUGGGAUGAUGAAUUGGUUCUUCCUCGGAGGUGCAAUAGGACCAUUUAUUGUUUGGAUAUUACAUAAGGCAUUUCCUGAGCAAAAGUGGAUUCCCCUUAUUAAUCUUCCAGUCCUUCUGGGAGCAACUGGUAUGAUGCCACCAGCAACUCCAGUGAAAUACAAUGCAUGGAUUAUUGCAGGAACAAUUUUCAUCUUCCGUUACAGAAAGGAAUGGUGGGAUAGGUACAAUUACAUUCUUUCAGCAGCUUUGGAUGCUGGGGUGGCUUUCAUGGGACUACUCUACUUUACAGUGGGCAUGCAGGAGGGGAAAGGUUUGGUCUGGUGGGGUACUACCGAUGGCGAACAUUGUCCAUUAGCAACAUGUCCAACAGCCAAGGGCAUAGUGGUCGAUGGUUGUCCACUAAACUAA